AUGGGAAACGUUUUUGAUAAGAUUCCUAUUGAAGACAUUCAGUCAGGAGUUACUGGAGCCAUCAAUGCUAUUACAACAGGUACUCACCCAAGUACUAGAGACGAAACUACGUACAAUUCUGUGAAAAAGUGGAUUCAAGAUUGUGAUGUAAAAACCUGCAAGCUAUUCCACGAUGCUUUUGCAAUGCCAACUGAUGCAAGUGGUGCUAUCAUUUAUAAGAAAGCUGUCGUUUUCACCAAGUCAAUUGAUGUCAAUUUGACAGAUCUCUUGGUAGAUUUGUUAGAAUUAUUCAACAGUAAGAGUUAUCAAGCUCUUGCCAUUUCUGCUUUGAGAACAGUUGCCAAGAAUCUCAAGAUGAGUAUUUCCACAGGUGAAAAUAACAUGCAUGAUGACAGAUCUCAAUAA